AUGUCUGCUAUCCACGCCCUGAACCAGAAGGCUGAGCAUCUCCGCCGCGGGGAGGCGCUUGAUAUGAACAUUGACGCCGCAGAGAAGCUAACAAAGCUUAUUCGCACUAAUUUUGGGCCCGCAGGAACGUAUAAGAUGCUUGUCUCUGGAGCCGGGGACAUUAAGAUAACCAAGGAUGGAGCUGUCCUCUUGAGCGAGCUUCCAAUUAACCACCCCAUCGCUGCGUUCAUAGCUACGGCGGCAACAGCCCAGGAUGACAUUGUUGGCGAUGGCACGACAACAAUGGUUCUCCUCGUCGGGGAGCUUCUCCGUCAAGCUGCCAGAUGGUUAGCAGAAGAUGUGCACCCACGUGUGCUGGUGGAUGGCUUUGAACUGGCGAAAGCAAGGGUAAUUAGCUUCUUGGACAGUUACAAACAGCCCCUGCCCACUGAGGAACGUGCUCGCUAUGACACUCUCCGCUCAAUUGCUCAUACCUCUCUCGUGACUAAGGUGCAUGCGGACCUGGCAAAUCUCCUCUCGGAUAUUGUCACUGAGGCUGUUCUGAUCGUUGAGAAGGCUGCAGAAUCCAAGGAGCAGUCCUUUAUCGACCUACACAUGGUUGAGCUCAUGCUAAUGCCUAGCCGCCUAGAUGUGGACACCACUUUGAUCAAGGGACUUGUCAUGGAUCACGGUAGCCGCCAAUCUGAGCUCACCUGUGCAACCAUGAGGAGCUGCUUUAUUCUGACGCUUAACGUGUCUCUUGAGUAUGAGAAGGCAGAGGCAAACACGGGAUUUUUCUACAAGAACGCCGAGGAGAUGCAAGAGCUAGCCAAGAAGGAAAGAGACUAUGUAGACAACAAGUGCCGUAAGAUCAUCCAGUUGAAGGAGCAAGCGUUUGCUUCAUAUAGGGAAACUCAUGGGGCCGAUGCAGAGUGCAAUUUUGUGGUCCUCAACCAAAAAGGCAUAGAUGGCGUCUCCUUGGACAUGCUUGCUGCAAAUGGAAUAUUUGCCCUUCGCAGAGUGAAGCGUCGCAAUAUGGAGCGGAUUACGCUCUGCUGCGGUGGUUCUGCAGUCUGCGCCCUGGAUGAGUUGAAGGUUUCUGACCUUGGUUGGGCCGAUAAAAUCCAUGAGGAGAUGCUUGGUGAGGAAAAGUAUACAUUUAUCGAAGACAUUCUUGAUCCCAAAUCGUGUACAAUACUGAUUCGAGGACCAACAAGGCAUACUCUCGAGCAGAUCAAGGAUGCCGUGCGUGAUGGCCUUCGUGCAGUCAAGAACGCUAUAACAGAUAAGCACUAUGUCGCCGGCGCCGCUGCUUUCGAAGUGGCUGCCGCUGCAGACCUGGAGGCCUAUGCAAAGACUGUCACUGGGAAAACCAAGCUUGGGAUCCAAGCCUUCGCAGAUGCAAUCUGUGCCAUUCCUAAGACACUUGCAAAGAGCGCUGGGCUCGAUCCCCAAGAGUGCUGCAUUGCUGUAAGUGAGGCAGCCACAGGGUCAUCAAUCAAUUAUGGGAUCUGCCUCAAGACUGGAAAACCGUGUGACGCUGUGGCCAGCGGGAUUCUGGACAAUGUUUGUGUGAAGCAUCAGCUCUACCACUCUUCAACAGUCAUAACGACCCAACUCCUUUUGACCGAUGAGAUUCUAAAAGCAGGGCGCAGCCUGAAAACAGACAAUGCAGUAGAUGACGCUGUGCCAGACGAGUAA